AUGUUUUCCCAUAGCUCUUCUUCUCACUUCCACCCCUUUAAAUUGAAACAAUAUAUCGGUAAAUUUGAGAUUUUUUGGCACUUUAAUUUCUCUUUAAAUUGGAGCAAAAUUUAUUCAAUAGAUUUCACCUAAUUUAAUGAAGGGAAUUCAAGUAGAAUGUUAUUUAAACAAAUUUUCAAACUGCGAUUAUUUUUUUUGAAUUAAUUCCUUAUAAAAUAUUAAAACUCAAAAUAUUGCAAAUUUGAAAAAAAAUCAACCCCCUUUAAUCGGAACUAAUUUUUGUUAUAAUUUGAAGGGGGGAAGUCAGAGGAUUUCAGACAUUUUCAGCAUAACUAGAACCCCAGAAAGUGAACUCUACCAUGAAGAACGUCAAAUUUUGAGGCAGCACAUUGGGAGGCUAAACAGAUCAUUUGACGGUAAGGAAAAAAUUUUGAAAAGUUUUGAAGAUUUAUUGAGAGCUGUGCACUUUUUUGAUAAGCCUGAUAUAAUCCCAACCCCUAAUGAUAUGGAUUGGAUUAAGCAGCAAAUUUUAAUUAGGCAGGAAGACACUCAGGAAUCAUAUAAGAGACUAUAUGAAGAUGAAAAGAAAUUAAGAAAAGAUGAAGAACAGGAUUGAAGGGAAAAAGAAAAGAAAUGGAAAUAUUUAGAAAAAGAGUGGGAAGAGUCUAUAAAAAGAGGUAAAAUAGCAGAAAAUGAACAGAGGAAUAGGAGGGCUGGGGAGAUUGAAAGAGAAAAUGAAGGACUGAAAAGUAUGGUGAGAGAGAUGAGGAAUAAAUGUGAAGAAUUGGAAGGAAUAAAUAGAAAUAUGAGAAGGGAGCAGGAGGAAAGAGAUGUAAUUAUAGAAGAGCUGAAAGAAGAGGUAGAAAUAUUGAGAAGUACAGUAAGGGAGUAUAGAAACAAAUAUGAAGAAGAAUGUGAGGAAAUGAGGAAGUUGAAGACUGGGUUUAAAGAAAAAUAUUUACUCCUCCCUCUGUGAACAAGCAAAACCAUUGGAAAAAUCUUGGUUUUUUAAAAAAAACUCCAUCAGGAAAAAUUUUUAAAUAUAAGUGAUAAUUAUAAAAUGAAAUCUCUAAUUCUGUUAUUUAUAAACAACUUGCAUUCUAAAUAUAAAGUUUACAAGUUGUAUUAAUUUUAGUUUCCCAGUCCUUGCGAAAUUGAAGAUUUGUUAAAUUUUGAAAAAAUUAACCCCAUCCGUGAGAGAGCAAAUUUUUGUAUGCUCAUGAGGGAUAUUUAGCAGAAGAACUAUUGCAAGCCAAAAAUAAAUUGAAUGCGCUGCAAGAAGAGUAUGAAUUUACGUUAAACAAACUUAAAAAAGUUGAGUCUUUCAAAGAAAUAGAAGGGAAAAGAGACCCAAAAGAUAUUUUCGAGCUUGAAAAAAGAAAUAAAGAGCUUGAAGGAAGACUGCAAAUUUUAGAAAAGGCCUAUGCAAGCCAACUGGAUAUUAAUGAAAAAAAGAAAAAUGAAGAAAAAAUUAAAAUAGAAGAAAAUCCAGAAAUAUGGAUAGAAAAUGGUUUACUCCCCAUCAUUAUAGAACAACGAUAUUAAAAAAUUGGGAAAAUUAACCCCCAUCCUUAAUCGAACAAUUUUCAUAUAUUGAUAAUUUUUAUAUACAAUGAAUCAAUAGAUUAGUUAAUAUCUAUUAUAAUUCAUGAAAUGUUAAUAGUUUGCAUUGGCAAAUGAAGAGUAACUUACGUGUUUUCUUAAUAAUCCGCACGAAUUAAUCAUUCGAAGUACUUAGCCAUCAACAUGACCUCAAAAGCUUAAUAAUCUCAAAAGGUUAGAAUUAAAAAUAAUUAAUAAGGAACAGCAAUAUUUUAUAGAGUGGAUAGGGCUAACUUAAUUAACGCAAUUUUUCAUUUUAAUAGUUUUAAUAUUUACUAUCUUAACCUAUUAUUUAAAAACGCCAAAACAAUAAAAAAAUAUAUAUUAUUUUUUAUAUUUUUAAUUUUUUAAAUCCUCAUCCUUGAUUAGGGGAGUUAGAUAAAAACCAAGCUAAUCAAAUUUCAGCAAAACUGAUAAAUCCUUUCCAGAAAUUAAAUAGCGCAGACUCAUUAAAUCUUGAAGAUAGACUUCUUCAAACCCCGCUUUCUAAUCACUCAGAAAAGGACAAUUUAAAACAUUUAUUUUCAAUUAAGUCAAGCCAUGACAGCACUCUUGAUCCUAAAAUCCAUAAAAACCUCAAAGGAGAAUCCAAAAAAUUUAAGAAAUCAUUAAAGCACAAAGGCUCAUCUACAAAUCUUCAUACUGACCGUUCUGAUUUUUCAAGCAGAAGGGAUCAUAUUGACGGAAGUUCACAAAUGUCAAAAACAGACAGAAAAAGCAGCAGGGAAAGACUCACAACAGAAAAAGGAGACUUUUGUGAGGUCUGUGUCAAAGUCCAUGGCCACAAAUGGGCGAACUCUCCUUAUAAAGAAAAAAUAAAUAAUUAA